CUCCCUCUCUCUCUCUCCCUCUCUUCUCGCUCUCUCUCCACUCCAGUGCUGGCCUCGGCCCCAGAAUCGGCGUAAACCAUCAACAGUAUGUUCGCAGGCUCGGGCUGUGUACGAGGAAACAUGAGCAGGGUGAAAUAUUCAGAGUCCCGGGCGGCGCAGCGCAGGCCGCUGAAUAAAGCGGAGGAGGAGACGGCGGUCCGUGUGGUUUGAGCUCAGGAUCUCAGGACAUGAACAUGUGAGCAGGGAAUGGGCGACUGGAAACAGGAUUAUUGUUGUACAGAGCACAGAGACACAGGAGGGCCCCGGGACAGGAGAGACACUGGGGCGUUGUGACAAAUCCAAGAAGAGACUUUUUUCCUUUUUUAUAUAUAUUUUUUUAAAUUUUACGCAUCAGACAAAUCGGACGACUAUCUGGCCAAAGAUGAACACCAUCGUGUUUAACAAGCUGAGCGGCCAGGUCCUGUUCGAGGAGAAGGCGAAGGAGGUGGAGAUGAGCAGCAGAAAUUAUCUAGAAGUCAUCGACGGGCAACAUCCAGACCUGCUGUCCACUAACCAGGCCAUGCGAGACAACCAGGCCAUGAGGCACAGGCGGAGCGGAGGUCGUCCCAGCGGUGGCAAAGUACGACACAAACGCCAGGCCCUGCAGGAUAUGGCACGGCCACUGAAGCAGUGGCUCUACAAGCACCGAGACAACCCCUACCCCACCAAGACAGAGAAAAUCCUGCUGGCCCUCGGCUCACAAAUGACCCUGGUCCAGGUCUCCAACUGGUUCGCUAAUGCCAGGAGGCGACUGAAGAACACGGUGCGGCAGCCAGACCUGAGCUGGGCGCUCAGGAUUAAACUCUACAACAAAUACGUUCAGGGCAACGCGGAGAGGCUCAGCAUCAGCAGUGAUGACAGCUGCUCUGAAGACGGCGACAACCCUCAGAGGACACAGAAUGGCCCCGAGGAGCUUUCCAAGCCCAUGUACCAGAGUGUCAUCAAAAAGGAGGGCUCCUCCAUGGUGGCCAUGGGCAUGAGCAUGGGAAUGGGGAUGGGAAUGGGCAUGGGCAUGGGUGCAGGACUGCGCUCGGCAGCCGAAGCCGCCUCGCUAGCCGACGACUACGUGUCUCCACCGAAGUACAAGAGCAGCCUGUUGCACCGCUACCUGAACGACUCCCUGCGCCACGUCAUGGUGGCCAACGCCGUCAUGGACGCUCGCAAGAGGAACCACUCCGGCUCCUUCAGCUCCAACGAGUAUGACGACGAGCUGCUCUCACCUUCCUCUUCUGAGGCUGAGGCGAACUUUGUUUAUCGGGCUGAAACCACAGACCAUGGAUCAAGUAAAUGUGACAUUGGAAGCAAUGGCGUUGGAGCUGCGCAGAAGGAAAGGGUGAAGGGCAAAGACGAGACGUACUGGAAGGAGAUCAAUGCCGCCAUGGCCUUGACCAACAUGGCGCAGGGAAAGGACAGCGUCUCUGGCACCACCAGCUGCAUCAUCCAGAAAUCCUCCCAUAUAGCAGAGAUUAAGACUGUUAAAGUGCCCCUGAUGCAGAAAUAUUAGCUCUGACGUCAUCCUCCCGACGCUCUAUGCAAACCAGCGAACAUUUCUGUGUCAGCAAACUCGCCAGAGUCUAAAUAAACUCUCCGGGACAUGAGAAGAGAACUCUUGUUAAAGAAAAGGUGGCGUCGGAGGCAAGGAAAUGUGGAACAAAAAGAGACGUUGUGUUCUUUUUGGUUGUUAUUGUUGUCUUAAAAAAUGCAAAAGAGGCCUUUACCAUCCUUUUCUUUGCUGGGUUAAAGUGUUGAAGACGAUAGUUUUGCUACCAUAUUUCCUACAACAAGACACUUUUGUAAUGUUAAGUUAUUUUUUUAAAUGAGUCUGAUUCUCCUUUUUCUUUUUUUAUUUCUUCUUUUUGUAUGUUAUAAAAUGUGCAUUUUGCCAAAGUGCCUUUUUUUUUUAUUUAGACAAAUAACUUGCUGACUGUGGUCAAUGCAAACCUGCAGAUCCCGAGGUGCCUCUUUGAGAAAGAAAGACAUAUUUUUACAGAGUUUAGAGUCAUGAUUGUGGAUGGAAAUGCACCAUAACGUUGUGUGCCUUAAGGACUGCAUGAGCUCACCAUCUGAGGCACUGACAAACUCAAAUAACACACACACACACACACACACACUCACAGUCAGUCAGUAAAUGCCCAGUAUUAAAUCUCUGUUCUUGUUUUGACUGGAGUCUUCAUUUUGACUGUAAACUGAACACUGUUUUGUCUCAGUCAGCCUCUUGUUUCUGGCAGUUGGACAGUACUGUUGGAUACAUACAGUAGAUAAGUGGCUCGAACGUGAGCAGUCGGUUGAUAAGCAGCCAACAUUCUCUACCUUGCCCACAUCUCAGCCUUGGAUUUCAUUAAGGAAUCCGUUCUUAUCGUGGCUUUGUGAAACGUGCACAAGCGCCAAGCUGGACCCAAAGGAAAUCACAUUCACCCAAGCAGUGACACGGUUGUACGUAAAUCCACGGACACGCUUCAUUGGUUCAGGAUUGUGUUUGUUCUAGUGGAAGAAUGCUAUGACCUAAAAGGGAUGUUUUUGCUUUGGCGUAUCAGUGUUGUUUGUGGACAAUGUUGCCUUUCCCCCUUUUCAUGUGCUCGGAACACGAUAGUCCGGAGUGAAUUAUAAAAAUAAAAAAAAAAAAGCCAGCACCAGCUCCCCCAGCCUUUUGAACCUCAGCCUCCUCAGCUGUUUAGCAUUACAUUUAAAUUGCAGUUUACAAGGAGCCAGCGGACUUAAGAGUUUGACUUUCUCCCUUUUGUUUGUCUUGAAAAACACAUUUCAGUAUUAUCUCUUUGUCGCCCAAGCAAGUGUUCAAAGUGUUUGUUUUUCGAAGCCUGUAUAUGUGAGGUCAUUUUGUUUUUGAUCAAAACACGUGUUUGUGUGUACGUGGGUUUUACUUAACCAUAGAGAGCGGUUAAGAGUUUCUUGUGUCAUCCAGUCGAAGAGAGAAUCUUUUUUUUUUUGUUUUUUUAAUAUAAAGUACUUUUGGACGGUGCAUAUGGUAUACACGUUUGCAGUGAGGGAUGCCAAGUGUGCAAACUGUUGGACUUAUGGGAGAAGCUGAAGUUGGCCCUUUUGGCUGACUUUUUAAUUUUUAUGUAUAUCUUCAAGGUACUGUUUAUGUGUGUCAGAAUGUACACUCCUUCAUAAAUUGUGCAGGGGUUUUUCUUAUGGUCAAGGAUGUUUGGUGAUGGGGGCGUGAGUUAAGCUGCACAGUGACAUUUUGACAUGUUUUAAUGUGUCAUGAAUAUGCAAACCUUUGUUAAGAAAUAGCUGCACUUGGUUAGUUUUCAAUCAGAAAGCACAGCCUCCAUUGAAAGCUGAUGUGAUUUAACGUAAAGGUGAUGAGAAGUAAAAGAAAUGAAGGACAAUGGCAUAUUAUUCCUGUUAGCGUGCCUAUGGAAUUAUAAUGAAAUGAAUCGCACUAGCCAGUCCCCGGGCAUUAUUUGCUUAUGCAGUGGGGGCUGCAGGCUCCCACAUGUGUUUUUUAUCCAUGAAGGGUAACUGCGGGGUAGUGCUGGGCCCACUCCUUGUGUUUCUAAUCACACCUCUGAACCUCUGGACCACUCGUGACCCUCACACCUCACACGAUACCCGCUCGCUGGGAAGAGACGACGCAAGAAAAAAAGGACGUCUUUGUUGUUCCUACCUGCAGUACGUCACUCCCCAACACAGACACUACGAGGGUUUCUUCAGCCAAGGUUCUGUACAUGCAGUGCUCAAACCCUGCUUUCACAACCACACUGACAAAUUGAAAGCACCAGUGUGUAAUAAAGUCUAUAAAUUAUUAUUAUUGUUACAGACUUUGUAAAAGAAAAAACAAAAAACUAAGAAAGUGGUGACCAUAGUUUGUUUUUUUAUUGUUAAGUUAUAUAAAGUCAGAUUUUGUUUUGUUUUGAUAGAGACUGGAUUUUCUAUCCAAUGACCAAAUGCAUAUCUCCUUGUAUUGUCCAGUUUGCUCUUAUGUAAACUUUCUUUUAUAAAAAAAAACAGUUGUUAUGUGGUCAAGGCAAUGAAUAAACCUCAAAAUAAAC